CUUUCGUCCUUUAAGUCUCCAAACGUAUACGCAUACACUUCAGGCUCAAGGUCCUCAAACUGAACUCUCGCUCUAAGGACUCGUCAAUGAGGAUGGAUGGAUUCCUUUAGCCUUCUUCGGUUCGACGUUCAACUUGGGUGGACAAUUGGUGGAAUACGUUCGUCGUUAGAGAUAAUUUCAACGCUCGCUUCGUUGUGUCGGAUUAUUGGAUUUGCUGCCACGGCCAGUAAUACUGCGCCAUUUUGAAUGAUAGAACUGAACCUCGAGAAGAGAAUUCAAAUGUGAAAUACGGCGUGUACGCCCGAAGACAAGAACGUUCGUUGGGUAUGGCUCUGAGGAAAUCUCGGCCUCGAACGAGAGCAAGGUGUCAGGGGGUGUAGGAAGUGGCCUCGGUUACUUGAAGCCGUCUGGGACCGCUUUCGUCACGUUCGGACGUUGAUCAACUCAAGGUUUGACCGCGACGGACAAUGAGGAUCUCGAACGCGGAACAAUUGUUCUGUGGGUCAUUGUUUUACGCUUUUGGAACCCCUGCAGUAUAUAAAUCAAUUCAGCAAGACUCAAGCCUUCGUCCCCCGCCCGAUCCUGGCACAUCAACAAGACAAAAAAUUUCAACAUCCUCAAAGAUCAAGAAAGCAAUAAGAAAUGGUUGUCUCCAGGAUCCAGUCUUUCCUUACUCGCCAACUGCUCCGCUAUCGUUCCAAACUUCGUACUCUCCUUUCACAACCCAUCCGACGGGUUCUUGGCCGGACCAAGACUAACGUAAAGCUCGCUAACAAAUCUGGGUUUAUUUGCACCCUUCCAUCCAAAACCCCAAAACUUUCUCGCCGAAAACGAGCCACGCCGAACGGCUACAGCAGCAAAUCCGCUAUGAUUACUCCGAAACGUAAAGUCAACCACGACAGGCUCAGGAACAAAGGAAGAGUACCCAAGCGUACUUCUUUCGAACCCGUCCUCACCAUGUCCGUCACCGACUUUUAUCGUGCCACCGAACGCGCUAUUUCCAAAAGCCCUCACAAAGACGUGACCAAGGAAGAUAAGGCCAUUCUGGAGAAGCUCCGUAGAGCGUCGUUCAAGCAUGAAGUGAUUGCUGGCGUUAAAGCUGUGGAGAAACAGAUGGACAAUCAUAAUAUUAACGUCGAGGCUGCGAGCACUCGACGGACGAAGGAGCAUGAGAUAAUCGCCAGACAGCUGUUUGACGAAGAUGACAAACGAGCAAGGCUGGUUGUUAUGCAGGAACAUAAGGAGAAACUCAGGAUGAAGAAGUUGAAGGAUUAUUUGGGGAAGGUCGUUCAGGCUGCUCGUCGCGGGGAGAAGUCUGACACUGCUCCUUCUAUAGACGUGGCCAAUAUGUGGUCCCACUACGAGUCCAAGUGGAAGAAAAUCCUCAGUGGGAAGACGACCACUUUAAUUUCCUUCGACGAAUUUCCUUGGCCGACUUUAAAUCCCAAUGGACUGGAAGUGGAGGAUUAUGAGGAGUUUUUGUUCUCUCCUCUUCGACCUGGGUAUGAGAAGUUGUAUUGGUACGAACGGGUGGACCAGGAGCGAGUGCUUUGGGAUGCUCGGCACAUUGAGGGGGAGGUGGUCCCAUUCGUCAAAGAAGAGCUUCGGGACCAGGUUGUCGGAGCUGGUCAGGUUAUCAGGGGAUAUCUGGAUACGAUCAUCGAGAAGUAUAAUGCUCCCGACUAG